GCGCUCACUCUGCAGCUACCUGGGAUCCGCGUUCUCCUCCGUCUUCCUGGAUUAAUCUCGAGGGGGAUUUUGCAAUCUUCUUUUUUCCCUGCGUUUUUCUUGGGAAGGAAAGUCCCACCGCCUCCGGAAGGCCUCGAACACUCCUGGUCGCGCGGGAAGGUUUUUGCCUCUUGGGUUCGGAUCUAGACGUGUACUUUGCCCUUGGGGAUCUUCCGUUGGGGUCCGCUGUGGAGAGUGACUGCAUCAUGACCCUGGAAGAGCUGGUGGCGAGCGACAACGCAGUUCAGAAAAUGCAGGCGGUGACUGCCGCGGUGGAGCAGCUGCUGGUGGCCGCGCAGCGUCAGGAUCGCCUCACCGUGGGGGUGUACGAGGCGGCCAAACUGAUGAAUGUGGACCCCGACAGCGUGGUCUUGUGCCUCCUGGCCAUAGACGAAGAAGAGGAGGGUGACAUCGCUCUGCAGAUUCACUUCACUCUCAUCCAGUCGUUCUGCUGCGACAAUGACAUUGACAUCGUCCGGGUAUCGGGCAUGCAGAGACUGGCGCAGCUCCUGGGGGAGCCGACCGAGACACUGGGCACUACGGAGGCCCGAGACCUGCACUGCCUCCUGGUCACGAACUGUCAUACAGAUUCCUGGAAAAGCCAAGGCUUGGUGGAGGUGGCCAGUUACUGUGAAGAGAGCAGAGGCAAUAACCAAUGGGUCCCCUAUAUCUCUCUGGAGGAACGCUGAGGCCCACUCCAAACAUCUAAGGCAACUGUUGAGUUGCUGUCACCUAAAAAAAUUAAAUAAAAUACAUAUUUGACAGCCCCCCUCAUCCCCCAGAACAAUCCCUCAAAAGCUACCCUACCCGAGAUACCUUCCGGGAGGGGCGGAGUCACCGAGACUGAGAUGAGGAGAGGGGAGUCUGCGCCUGCUCGCCCCCUGGGCAGCGGAGCCAGGAGCAGCAUCACAGGUGGUCGCCGAGACUGGAAGGAGGGGACCUCAGGAGGAGACGGAGAGGUUAGAGCCAAGGCCUGGCAAUCCUGCAGCUGGCCUCUGCACCCAGCCGCAGACGGCCUGGACACCGCCGCAGGGGUGGGGUGAGGCGUCCCCCACCCUGCUGGACACUGAACUGUGCAUAACUCAGCGGAGGGCGGCGACCCUCGCCGCGGGAGCCGGGACGCGAGCCCGGGACUUCGCAGCUACGGCACAUCUAUUUUAUUAUUGUGCUGAGCAGGACAGAUCGCUUGCAUAUUUUUAAACAUUUCUACUACAGAGACAUUCCAAUAAAUUCUUUAAGCCUU